UUUUAUGAUCAUACAAACCUGUGAAGAUGAAAUUGAAGAGUUUGUUAGUAUGUGUGAUGGUUUUAGUACAAGUACUAAUGUGCUGUGAAGGCUGUUGGAAGCAAGAGAGAGAAGCACUUGUUUCUCUAUUUUCCCGUAUGGGAGAUACUGUGUAUUAUACGAAAGACAGCAUAGAUUGUUGUCAAUGGGAUGGAGUUGAAUGCAAUACCACUUCGGGAAGAGUAGCGAAACUGAAUCUCAUGCAAUUCAAUCCAGAACAAUAUUGGCAACUUAACUACUCUGAUUUUCUAAUCUUCCAAGAUUUAAAGACUCUGGAACUCUCACGUACCCAAAUAUCCAAUUGUACAAGAACUGAUCAAGGGUUGAAAUAUUUGGAAGUUCUUGACUUGAGUCAAAAUCCUUUCGAAAAUGCUAUGAGCAUUCUGUCUUGUCUGGAUGGACUUUCAUCUCUUAAAUCUCUAUCAUUAGCAGCUGGAGACUACGGGUCCUACUUUGAGAACACUCCUUUACACACUUUUCAGACAGUUUUGAAAACAAUUCCAUCAAAGCUGCCGCAUCUGGAGGUCCUUGACAUAAGUGCAUACAAUUUGACAAAUGAAAUCCUGCCUUCACUAAAGGGAUUCACAUCUACGAAGGAACUGCAUUUGGGUAACAUUGGAUUGGACUCAGAUCUCCAUAUACAAGAACUGUGGGACAUAUUGAAGAAUCUUGAGAUUCUUGAUAUUUCCGGCAACCGCUUCAAUGACACUGAUAUUACAUCUGCUCUUAGUGGACUUUCUUCUCUCAAGAGUUUAAGUUUAGCGAGGAGUGAAAUUACUCGAAAAACAAUUCACAAUAUAUCAAAACUGAGGAAUUUGGAGAUUCUUGACUUAACCGAUAUCGACUUGAAUGGAUCGUUUGAUAUCAGUGUUUUUCAUGGCCUAAGUAAUUUGGAAUACUUGACAUUAGACUUCAGUAACUUGAAAAAUGAGUUUUUCAAAAGUAUUGGAGACGUGCCUUCUUUGAAAGUUUUGUCCGCAAAAUAUUGUGGGAUAAACGGCACCCUUCCAAUUGCAGAUUGGUGGAAGCUUAAGAAAUUGGAAAUUUUAGAUCUCUCCUACAAUAAUUUUGUGGGGAAGCUCCCCUCAUCUUUUGUGAACAUGACAUCACUUCGAACUUUGACACUUACUAAUAAUCACUUUAUUGGUAAUAUUGGUCCUAAUCUUGCUACUUUUACAUCACUUGAAUAUCUUAAUUUCGAAAGAAACCAACUUGAAUUUCCUAUUUCAUUUACAUUAUUUUCCAAUCAUUCAAACCUAAAGUUUAUCUAUGGCAACGAGAAUAAAGUCAUCCCCGACUCACACUCAUCUUUGAAAACAUGGGUUCCCAAAUUUCAAUUGCAAGUGCUUCAAUUGUCUUCAACAACUGAGGCUAAUUCCAUUCCACUUCCAAACUUUCUUCUUUACCAAAAUAAUUUGACUGAUGUUGAUUUCACUAACUGUAAACUAAGAGGAGAGUUCCCAAAUUCUUUAUUAGAAAACAACACGAAAUUGGAAAGUCUUGUUCUUAGGAAUUGUUCCCUUAAUGGAGAUUUCCAGCUUCCGUCUCGUCCUCAUCUCAACAUGGCAAAAAUUGAUGUAUCUAGCAAUAUUAUAACAGGUCAAAUGUUGAGCAAUAACAUCAGUUCAAUUUUUCCAAACUUGCGUAGUCUAAACAUGUCUAGAAAUUCAAUUCAUGGUUCUGUUCCUAAUGAGGUAAGUUACUUAAGCACUCUAUAUGAAUUGGAUCUAUCUGAUAAUGAAUUGUCUGGUGAAAUACCUCAUAUGUUGUUUAUGUCCAGUUUUUUAGAGUAUUUAUUGUUGGAUGGUAAUAGUCUUUCAGGAAACAUCCCAAGUAACUUUUCUAACUUAUUUAACCUCGAAAAUUUGGACAUAAGCAAUAAUAAAUUCAUUGGAAAAAUUCCAAGUCAUAUAAAAAAUUGUUCUAGCUUGAUUGAGCUUUCAAUGUCCAAUAACAAUUUUGAAGGAUCUAUCCCAUCAGAAUUAGCACAACUUGAAACUCUUGCUUUUCUAGAUCUUUCACAAAAUAAUUUGGUAGGUUGUGUCCCAUCUUUUGAAAGUUAUUCUACCACUCUUAUCCAUUUGAGUGACAACAAAUUCAGUUGUUUGUCCAAAAAUAUGUUUAAAAAAGGAUCUCCUUUGGUGGCACUAGACCUUAGCAACAAUGAAAUAACAAAUGGAAUCCAUGAUCUAAUACACAAUCUUCGCUACACAGAGUUAAGCAUCCUCCUUAUGAAAGGUAAUCACAUCACAGGAAGUAUACCAAAGCAAUUAUGCCACCUGACAAAUUUAAAUAUAUUAGACCUUUCAUAUAACAAUUUUGUUGGGGAAAUACCUAGUUGUUUGGGUAAAAUGCCUUUUGAAAACAGUGAUCCAGAGGGAUUAAGGGAGAAAUUCAAUGGUGCCGUCAAUAAUAGUGAAGAUAUUAAUUAUCGAUUUGGGAAAGAGAGAGAUAACUUUACAUCAAAAAAAAGAAUAGAAACCUAUACCACAAAUGUCCUUAUUUAUAUGUCUGGGAUUGACUUAUCUCACAAUCAACUAAAUGGGAGUAUUCCAUCAGAGUUUGGACACUUGAGAAGAAUUCUAGCACUGAAUUUGUCCAACAAUUUUUUCACUGGAAAAAUUCCAGCAACAUUCUCCAAUUUGGUGCAAGUGGAGAGUUUAGAUCUUUCUUUCAACAUGUUAUGUGGCCAAAUUCCUCCUCAACUAAGUGGAUUGACUUCCCUUGAAGUAUUCAGUGUUGCACACAACAAUUUAUCAGGCACGACACCAGAAAGGAAAGGACAAUUUAUUACCUUUGAUGAAAGCAGCUAUGAAGGUAAUCAAUUUCUCUGUGGACCUCCACUGCCAACAAGUUGCAAUUCUAGUGGAGAAGCACCUAAUACAUUACCAAAUGACGUGAACAUGGAUGGAGAUAAUGAUAGUUGGGUGGACAUGUAUGUUUUCCGUGUGAGCUUUGUGGUGGCAUACACAUCAGUAUUGUUGGUAAUUGCAAUUGUUCUGUUCAUCAAUCCUUAUUGGAGGCAAGCAUGGUUUUACUAUAUAGGAAUGGUGUGUAUGAAUUGCUUCUACUUCUUAGAAGACAAUUUAUGUGUGUUCUAAUUAUUAUAAUAUAUAAUAUGUGAAGUUGCAUGUCAUGAAUAUGUAUUUUGUUUCUUCUAUGUGUAACUCAAUAAAAAAUUACAUUAGUAUUAU